AGCACCACCUCAGUCAGCGCUAGAAUGUGUCCCUGCCCAGCACCCCCCUGAUUGGCAUUGACACCAGCACGACUCGUCAAGUGUAUUGAAGUUAAGUAGCGGGGGUUCAAUUUUCCUACUCCAUCAGGUGGCAUUAUUUGUACUAGCUCGUGCUCGCUAGCGUCAUACGCUUACGGUCGUCCACAAGAAGAAAUAAAAAAACGAAAAUGCCAAAAAGUGUCACAACUAGCUUUAACAUUUGUGGUGCUGCCCCCGCACCUGUUUUGCAGCGCAGCUUCAUCUUCAGAUCUGCAGGUCAUUACUCACGGCCGCGAUUAUUUUCCUUAUCGAUCUACUUUCUUGCUUUCUCGUCUGUAGCAGAAGGCCUCAGCAGCUCUUUCGACUUCAAACUUCACAAAAAAUAUGUCGGAAGUAGUACCACCACCAGAGCCUUCCUUUUCCUUCUGCAGCUGCACGCCACGACGAUCCCGUCCUAUCAAAGUGAAAAAAGCCCCCACCCCAUAUCGGAAACGGAAGACGCGCGAAUUUGUGAUGCUGUAUUUGAGUACACGAGUCGACUUGUAUUGCUAGAAGGCCAAGAGACGAAGCUGCGGCCUAAAUUGCAGGUAAUCUGCCAUGCUGUUUCCCACUUCCAGUUGCCUCCUGUCAUCCUGGAGCUCCAACGCCUUCCCACGCUAGACAGCACUACAGUCCGCAUCUUUUGCCUUCUAGCAUCACAAAGCUGAUUUGUGACCCCAAAUCUGCAUCACAGAUCUCCGUUUUGAUAUGGGGAGGGGGCCUUUUUCAUUGUAAUACCUCCUGUGCCGCCUUCUGGACGACGAAUCCAAGUACCAGACCUAUGAAUUGCAAAUAUGUCUGGGUCUGGAAGAAUGGAAGGCUUGUCCUGCUUGUCUGGCAUGACCCAUGAUGCUUGUAAUGCAUGACCCAGCAUCACAGAUUUUUGGAAGGCUUCCUGAUGCCAUUUCCGCAUGACAAAUGCCCUACUCGCGUAGCACAAAUGUGGCUCCUCUUGCUGGUCAUGCAAUACAGAUUUUUUUAGAGUCCAAAGUUAGCAUCACAAGUUCCAACUUUCCAGACCCAGACAUUUUUGCAUUUGAUAAGACCGGAGGAUGAACAACACCACGGGACACCAUCAUCCACUAGGUCAAAAAAAGUGAAGCGGGACCGGUUCAAGUUUUUAGCUCCAAACGAGCCCGUGGAGGAGGAGGAGGAACCGGGAAUUCCGAGUACCUCCCUGUUGGAAAAACAAGCGAAGAACACGAAUACCAACGUCGAAAACCCGCAAGGGCUAUCCUCUUCCAACACGGACAGCAUGACCGGUAGUUCCGGUGCUCAAGAGGAACUACAAGCUCUUGCUUCCCAUCAUACAACUCAUUCUCACAGUGAAGGUGAACGGCCCAGACCUCCUGCUGUGGGGACGACAGGUGGCGCAGGAGAUCACGAGGGUCGUGACACGACAACAUCCUCGGACAAGCAGAAGCGCCUGCAGAAAAACCGAGACGAUGUUGAAGUAGACCAUUUAUCUUCCCAAUCGAGUACAACUUCCUCUACCCCCGCUCUCAACAUCGCAGCCUCUUUCCUCGAAUCGGUGUUACAAGCGUUGCAGCCACCGGAGUGGAUGCUUUUGCGGGAUCCAAGUCAGGUGAUCUAUUACGACGGCAGUAGUGCGACUGCACAAUCCGGAUCGUCACAUCAGGGGCGGAAGAUGGAUGUGAGAGCAGGAGGGGAAGUUGUUGACCACGCCCCUUUAGGAGCAUCUUCUACCCCUUCCGGAAGCAGGCCCACCGGUUCUGAUCUACAAGCGCAUGAUCUUCCAGCUGGUUCUGGUGGUGAUGAUGCCUUUACAGGACGGGUGGACUUCCUCCAACAAGACGCAGCCACUUCAGGAAAAUCAACAUCCUCGGCGGGAAACCAUGACAACUCGUUCCUGGAAAAAACUGAUGGUGAUCUCCGGGACGAGGUGGAAAACGUCGAAGGGCCCUUGUCUUCCGCAGUCCUAUCGUCUAAAAAAAGCACUUCUUCUAGUUCUACACCCCCUCUUGCUAUUGCACCACAACCCCCAGGAGCCGGCGCGCAAGUGGGAGAAGAAGAAGCAACUGCUGCUGCGUCGACGAAAACCCUUGGCCUUGUUGAAGAUGUGGUCUCCACCUCCGAGGAGCGAAUUUCCUCUUCCGUUCUGGAGAAACAAGAUCAUCUGGCGGGGAAAACAGAGGACGAUGAUGGAGAAACGAAUUCCCUCAAGAACAACCCACACACUACAGAGCAUCUUCCGGUGCUCGAGGACAACUACUACCCAGGAGCAGCGAAGACCACUGGCUCAUCGUCCAGUGGUUCAUCAUCUCGUAGUGCAGGAGGCAUUGAAAAAGCGGGAAACAACAAGCUCCCGGAUGAAAAAGAAGAUCUUCUUGUUCCAGAGGACCUCCGCGGGCGGCCAUCUUCACGGGUAGAAGAAUCUUUCUUGGAAGCAGCUGCUGCUGGGGACGGCGCUGGUGACCUCCACACGUCGACGGGACGAACAUCAAAAGCGACCGGACCUCCACGGGGGAUGAAAAAGAACGGCGACAGGACGACGGAAGAUACCCUGCUGUCGGGUCGUAAGAAUGGGAAGAACGAUGACCACGACACGACGUCGACGACCUACAGUGUGAGCGCACCAGAGGAGGACCACCUCCGCAGCGCUCCUGGUAGAAGAAGUUCUUCUCGUCGUACGGUGUUUGAACCUUCUGUAUCUGCUGACCAAGCCCAGUCCUCUAUGCUAUUGACCAAACCAUCCGAGUAUGAAUUGCAAAAAUGUCUGGGUCUAGAGACUUGUGAUGCCAGAAAGGGAAUAGUGAACUCACUAUGAUGCGCUGCCAAGCAUGACAAGUUUUUUUCAUGAUUCUGAGUUGCGUACUUCGCAUGACAAACUGCGUUUUUGCAUGACAGGGAGGAGGAGCUCUUCGCGGCCAUGCAACACAGAGUUCAGAGUCAUGGCAGACUAGCAUGCCAAGUCGCAGAAUGUUCCAGACCCAGACACUUUUGCAUUUGAUGCCGAGGAAAAGUCCAAGUCCGAGCACGGAAAAGCGAAAAAGAACGCCCCUUCCGUGAGUUGCGUCGACUUAUGCACUGCAAAUAUGAUGUUGUCCGGGUCCUCUAGAUGAAGAUAACCAUGGCCGCCACCACCAGAGGUUUGUGAUGCGAGAGUCGCAUGACCCAGAGGAGUUCCUCAGGCUGUGUGGACGAAUCAAUGCGGGCUCUAGUAGCAUCACAAGUUGUUUCGAGGAGGUGCUAGUACCUCUUCGAUGUCUUCUUGCAUGAAACCAUAAUGUUCUUGUCUUUGGCAGGUGAGGACCAAGAAUGUUGAGUGCUCCCUACGUACUACUUACAACUUUUUCGCUG